GUCAAGGGAGAGUACAUAGAGCAGCCUUGCCCACCCAGGGGAAUGUGUCCAACAGACAGGCUGCAUUGUGGGAUGAGCGGAAGCGGAGGAAGUGGUUGACCAGUCAGUGAAUGUGGUUGAGAAUUGGCUCUUAAUCGCGACAGAGAGAGAGAGAGAGAAACAGAGAGCCGGAGUGCGAUCGUUCAACAACUCCGCCACAUUAUGCCUUCCCUUCUCAUCUCGGCAUGGAGGCUGGGACGCUGAGAGGAAAAGCCAUCAGAAAGCUCGGCAUCUUUUUCUACUUGCUUACAGCAUUAAGCAGCGCGAUCGGACAGAAAGGUGAUGGUUGUGGACACACAGUUCUUGGCCCAGAGAGUGGAACUUUUGCAUCAAUAAAUUAUCCUCAGACAUACCCUAAUAAUACUGUUUGUGAGUGGGAGAUACGGGUACAGCCCAGCCUGAGGAUUAUAUUUAAAUUUGGCGACUUUGAUAUUGAAGACUCUACCUCUUGUCACCUGAGUUACCUAAGACUGUAUAAUGGCAUUGGUCCGGGCCGAACUGAAUUUGGUAAAUAUUGUGGACUUGGAAUUCAGUGGGACAAGGUUAUUGAGUCAGAAAGCAAUGAAGCCACUGUUCAGUUCAUGAGUGGAAUUCACGUCUCUGGUCGAGGCUUCCUUGUAUCGUACUCUACAUCAAACAUAUCAGAUUUAAUUACUUGUUUGGACAAAGGGAGCCACUUUACAGAGCCUGAGUUCAGCAAGUAUUGUCCUGCAGGAUGCUUGACCUCUUUUGGUGACAUUUCAGGAACCAUCCCUCAUGGCUAUCGUGAUUCGUCCUUGCUGUGUAUGGCUGCUGUUCAUGCUGGUGUCGUGUCAAACUUCCUGGGUGGCCGGAUCAAUGUUGUCAUGAGUAAAGGCAUUCCGUACUAUGAAAGCACUCUUGCAAAUAAUGUCUCCUCAAAACUUGGACCAUUAUCAGCUAGUCUGUUCACGUUCAAGACCAAUGGUUGCUAUGGAACCCUGGGAAUGGAGUCUGGUGUCAUUGGCGAUAGCCAAAUUAAUGCAUCCUCUGUACUACAAUGGCAUGACCCUUCGGGACAGUUUCACGUCUGGGGACCAGAAAAGGCUCGCCUGAAAAAACCUGGUUCACCCUGGGCUGCAUUUCACACUGAUGAACCACAGUGGCUACAAAUAGACUUGAAGAAAGAGAAAAAAAUAACCGGUAUAAUUACUACAGGUUCCACCCUGGGUGAAUAUUCUUUUUAUGUCUCUGCUUACAGAAUCCUGUCCCGUCACGAGGGGCAGGAUUGGAAGGUAUAUAAAGAAGCCAACAGUGACCUGGACAUGAUAUUCCGAGGAAACUCUAACAACUACCAAGAAGUUCGGAACAACUUUAUCCCACCCAUUGUUGCCCGUUACAUCCAGAUUAAUCCAGUAGAGUGGCACCAGAAGGCAGCACUGAAAGUAGAGUUAUUAGGUUGCCAGCUAUACCAACCUUCAUUGGCUCGAGCUCCAUCUCAGUCUCUGCCUCCACUGCGCAGCACAGGAAAUCCUCCAAAGUUUACCGAAACUACAUUUACACCAGUACUCAAGAACAAUUCAGUGACUCCUAAGGUAACCAAAGAUGUGGCGUUGGCAGCCGUCCUGGUGCCUGUGUUAGUCAUGGUGCUUACUAGCCUUAUAGUGGUCCUUGUAUGUGGCUGGCAUUGGAGAAACAGAAAGAAGCCUGUAACAGGGCCAUACAGACUGCCCUACUGGGAUCGAGUAGGCUGGUGGAAGGGAAUGAAGCAGUUUCUACCUGCGAAAAAUGCUGAGCCUGAUGACACCUCUGUGCGCUACAGCAGCAGUGAGAUGAGCCGCCUGAGAGCCCGGAAUGCGAGCACAAUGAUCCAGACAGAACCUGCAGAAUAUGCCCAGCCGCUUGUGGCAGGAGUAGCCGGAACCUUACGACAGGGAUCCACUUUUAAACCCGAAGAAGAUCCGGAAGCAGGCUACAGUGAGCCGGAUGGGGACGGUCACUAUGAUGCUCCUGUGUCAGAGAUUUAUCAUGCGUACGCAGAACCCUUGCCAGUUUCAAGCCCCGAGUAUGCCACUCCGAUCAUAAUGGAAAUUUCUGGUCAUCCAACAGGAACCUUGGCAUCAGCAGCAGCCUCCACCUUUAAAUCAGUGGGGAGCACAGGGCCUUCAGUGGGGAGCACAGGGCCUUCAGUGGGGAGCACAGGGCCUUCAGUGGUGGGCAGUCUAAGCACAUUAUCGCCCAUAACUGAGGGUGCUUCUUCGGGUCAGGCUGGCUACGAUACACCAAAAGGAGUGGUAGUCCCAAUGCCUGCAGAGGAACUUGGAUACCAAGUACCAAUUAGUAUACCACAGAUAUCAGCAACAUCAGAUGCUAAGUGAACUUCUGAAAGGAGACCACGUACAGAGGACAUUUUUGGUGGGGAGAACAGAAUGCAUUGCUGCAGCAAAAUAACUAAUUGUCCAAAGCAAAUGGAUAGGCAAGCUGGGGCCAUGAUGACUGUUAAGAAAGUGUUGCCUGUUACCUGGAAUGGAUUGAAGAUGGAUUCUUCUUGAAUGUUGCCAUUCAACUGCAUGUGCCUGGAAUGUAGAGGUUGAUUCAUACUGGUUUAAUGUUUAAUGUCACCUGGUACCAAAGGGUUAGAUAAUGCUCCACAUUAUGACAACAUGUUAAUUCUGGUCAGUUCAUUGGCUUUAGCUCAGCUCAUUUCCUGCCAGAACCUGUUCUACAAUUUGCAGAAGAGACACACCUCUCUCAUUUGCUUACAAUCGGGCGGGUGUUCAGCUGGAGAGGCAGGAGCCAGCACUCUGGGUGGGGGGGGGAGGGCGGGGUGGGGAGGGGGUUGGUUAACAGAGUUUAACACUGCUGUUUUUCUUAACAGAGCUGAGAGCCUGUUUAGGUGGCUUUUGAUGCAAGCCCUGAAAUUCCUCAGGGAUUCUGUCAACCUCCUGCCCUGACCCAUAGAGUAACAGUGCACACAGCUGGCAACAGCAAUUUACUGAAAACAAAGGACGCUAGCGAUCAUAGUGGGUCACGCAGCAUCCAUGGAGAAAGAGCAAGCUAACACUCGGAGUCGAGAUCUCCCUUCUUCAGAGCCACCUAGACUCAAAAUAUUAGCAUGACCCUCUGUGAUCUCCAGCAUAUUUUGUUUUCAGUACAGAUUCCAGCCCCCGCAGUAAUUUUGCUCCUACGCUGUGUUUAUUUAACGGCAAUUUAUGAUAUCUCUUCCAGAUAGUCAGCGACUGUCAGUUUUCUCUAAAAAUGCUGCAGCAAAUUAAAAUGAAUCUUCAAAUCACACAUUUGAUGGUAUAAUAGUGUUUUCUUUAAUCUGUAGGUUGGGGUUUAACUUUCCAAUGGAACACAGAGCAGCCAUAAUAGUUGUCUAACUGCUUCCUCAGACACUUGCUCAGUUAAUGCAGAAUUUUCCUUCAAAGGGCUUUAAUGCAGGAUGCGCACUAUAGCUGUCUAGAUAUCCGCUGAUUUAUUUUCCAAUGCCUUCAUCCUCCUGAAUGAGCUGGGAAUGAUAAGGGAACAGCUUUAUGUGUUUCUUAUACACAAUUAUGUCUCUGCCGUUGGAAGCUUGAUUUUAAUGCUAUUUUGGCUGUCAUUACCAUAAUUUGAGAGAGUGGUGAUUCUGCCACUAAUGUAGGUAGGUUCUGUUCGAAACGUUUUGCUCAGAUCAAUGGAAACCCUUGUCCAAGUGAUCCAGCUUACAUAGUUAUUAAGUUUUAUACAAGACAAAAAACAAAACUUGCAGCAUAAGGCGGCACGGUGGCACAGUGGUUAGCACUGCUGCCUCGCAGCAUCAGAGACCC